AUGGAACAGUGUGAGAAACACCAAAUCACAGACAUCAUUAAAAUGGUUUAUCCCAAAGUGCAGUCGUCCCUGAAGUUCCCCACGAUGAUUACUAAACGUAAAAGCGUGGUGGCUGGUGCCAACCAGGUUCUUCCCAGAUACUAUGGCUCUGGCAUCGUGACUUCCAAGUGCCUGGAGAGUUGCUGGAUUUAGGACUUGGAUAGUGGAAAUGGCAGAGAUUGCCAUACUCCCAGCCAGCUGGUUGGUGAGAAGGGACAUGUCACCAGAAUGGAUAUGACAGAGUCUCAGGAGAGGUUAUGUAGGUGUAUUAUUUUCUUCCCAGGACUCCAUUUACAUUUUAUUUGGGAACACAAACAACAAAUCAUAACAUGGAAGAUAUCUAUUCUAAAACUUGUGCCUAAUAAACAGAAUGUUCUUCAGGACUAUUAAGUGCUGGAGCUUGGAGGGGAGCUGUACUUUAUUGACGUCUACACUGGCCUUGAAUUGCCUGUAGAAGUCAGGGUACAUAAAGUUUUAUGGAUGGAUUGUAGAUCUUUAGGGGAAGCUCUAUUCCGGAAAGACCCCUUCACAUUGGCUGAAGAAAUUGGGUUCUGUGCUCCACAACUGGUCACUGCUAAACCAAUUACACUUGAGGACAAGGAAAUGGAAGAAGUCAUUGGUGAUUGUCAGUUUGUUUUGGCAACAUUUUGUCUCUUCAAACUUCCCAAGAAAGUUUCAGACCCAAGGUAUUAGGCUGUUUACAAUGGAGAGAUUCCUGGGCAUGAGAAAGAACUGGUAUUUCAUGCAAAUUUCACAUUUAAGGAAGGGGGAAUAAUUGAAGGGGAUGAAGAAACGGUUAUUUUGAAGAAUUUCAGGUUUGUAUAGGAGUUUCUGAUCAAACCACUAGGAGGGAAGUUGUCGGUUUCCUUAACUCUAGACAACAACUUGGAGUUUCCUGCCAGCGCCCAACUUGGGGUCUUGUGUAAAUCAGGCCCUGUUAGUUACAGGUUCCUGUGA